AUGGCGCCCCGCCUCGACCUCUCGUCGGUCUCGACGCACGCCAAGGUCAUGGUUGCGCCGCCAAGGAUGAACCUGCGCCGCGCUGCCUCCUACAACCACCAGGAACGCGUCGCCGGCUCCCUCUCGGCCACCUCGUCUCGCUUCAACUUCAACCAUCUUCUCUUCUCGCCUCCGCCCUCUCCCAGCUUGCCCGCCCUCGUCCAGCCCCCGCGCCGCCGCUCCUCGCAAAUCUUCGCCGCCCGCCCGAGCUGGAUCCUGCGCCGUCUCUUUUACCUCGGCGCCCUCGUCGCCAUCUUCUACUUGCUGGCCCUCGUCUGGGGCGACGGCUGGCCCAUGCAGACCGUCUUGCCGCACGUUCCCAGUGACGAGUUUGAGAUGGUCGGACAGGACACCGUCCCCGACUUCCCCACGCCCAUUGUCGUCAGCGACCGUGGCCAACGACCCAAAUGGACCGUCGCCAUUCCCCGUGACUACGACUUUCCCCUCUCCAUCAACGAGUAUGCCGGCAUGAGCGGCCGAUGCCGCGAGGUCUCGGCCCACGCCCGCGAUCUCCACAACAAGCCCCCGCUGACGGACCACGAGAUGCUGGCGCACGACAGGCCAGACGCUUACUUUGUCGACGUCGACGACGCCGAGCGCACCGGCCUGCUACCCCCCGUGCCAAAGGACAGGCAGCCCCGGCACUCGGGCCACUUUGUCGGGUUGAAUUGGGAGUCCAUGGCCGGAACGCCCGUGUGCCGGAGCUCCCUGACCUUUGUCAUGGAGAGCUCGGAUGCUGGCCUGGGCGCUUCGCUCAUGACCAUGUGGACCCUCUACGCACUGGCAAAGGAGCAGGGCAGGGGCUUUUUUGUCGAUGACUCCCGGUGGGCUUACGGCGCCUACACCGACAUCUUCCAGCCGCCUCCACUGCCCGACUGCCGGCCGCCUCUUCGCCACCAGAUGUUGCCAUGCCCUGCUCAGGCUCGCCAUCUCGUCGUCUCAACUGCCACAGCGAGACAUGUCCUGCCGGACCUGCUCGCCAGACACGACCGCAUCACGGGCAUGGCCACCGCACAACAGGACCUGUUCGAGCUCGCCCGGACCGGACAUGGACAUCUCUUUGCACUCAUCAAGGAAGACCAAGAUUAUGUCCAUCAGAGAAUCAAGGAGCUUCAGGGCGAGGCUAAGAAGGGUGACAAGAUAUCCCACGGAGCACCCAUCAUUGGCCUCCACAUUCGACGAGGCGAUCGACACCCGCUCGAGUACCAGUAUCGCGGCACCUAUAUCCCGACAGAGGUCUUUGCCAGGCACGCGCAGCAACUCGUCGAAUCGCACCACAACCAAAGCGGCAUCAAGGAUCCGCAACCCAAGGCCAUCACGGUGAUUGCCUCGGACGAUCCCGCGGUGCAUCGAGAACCCGACUUGUCCGACGCCGUGCUGGCGCAGCAGCGCAUUCGCCUUGCCUCCAAGGAAGCGGUGGAGAAGGCGGUGCCCAACCCACGCAUCCUGCACCGCUUCGUGGAAGAGGCGCAGGGGUGGGAUGGGGGCUUCUUCGCCCUCAUGUUCUGGAACCUGGGCGACGACCGCAAGAAGACGGCGGCCACAUCGGUACCCGGCGACGGUCCGGAGCCGGCCACGGCGCCGUCGCAGGAGACGUUGAGGUUACGCGGCUUCAUCGGCCGGGCGUAUAUGAUGGACCUGGCCGUCCUGGCGGGGGCCAGCGACAGAGUCGUCUGUGCCGUGAGCGCCAUGGGCUGCAGGCUGCUGGGCGUCAUGAUGGGCUGGGAGCGCGCCAUGGAGCAGGGCGCCUGGGUCAACGUGGACGGGGGAUAUGGGUGGAGCGGGCUCGGCUGGUAG